GUAAACGCCACAGACAUGGUAAAAAAGUGCACAUUGCCAAUGGAUGCAGCUCGCUUGCGACUUCUCAAGGAGGAAAAAAGGCGAGAGGAACGCAUCAAAUUGGCAAUUGCUAAAGGCAAACAAACCGUACUUCCAACGCAAACGAAAAGCAUAAAGCUAAGUAAAUUUGAGCACUGUAGCGACGAAGGACCCCUUGUAGUGUUUGCCGAAGAAUUGGCUUAUCCGUUUGGCUGUUUUGGCAAAUAUCAAGCCGUUCGGAAAUACCAAUCUGGUUUUAACAUCGGUAAAGAGUACAGCAAGAAGAAAUUGGAGACAAAAACAAAAGGCUGGGCAACUAUAAGGGACCACAUGUUGAAUGAAAAAUCGACAAACACUGCAGCCAAUGGCGUUAGUGAGAAACCAAGCUUAGAGAAUAAUGAAUCGAAUUACGAUUUGUCUCAAACGCAGUUUAGGUUACCUAAAUUAAAAUCGGGCCAGACACCUUCAGAGGUCGAGGACACUACUGCAAAGUUGGAAUUUUCGGGGAAAAAUACUGAACUUCCAAAACUGCCUGCGCAGGAGUAUAUCGAUAAUUUCCGACGAGAUGCGGCCGAAUUUGAGCGAAGUUUGAUCGGAAUGGGCCGUGGGAAUGCUGAAAGGAGAUUGCUUAAGGGAAAACCACGAGAAUUAAGCUUGCUGCCACGAAUUGACGAACGUAGCUCGUUGUUCACAGGCAAUACAGAUAAACUUCUACCAAAAGACGACCAUUUUCGUCUGCCUAAACUACAACAAAAGAGGGAGGAUAGUUCCUUGGAAUUUCAGAGUAAGAAAAAAAGAAAAACUAGAAAUAAUAGUGAAACUAAAAAGUAUGAUCCCAAACGUUCGAUGAGUCACACUGAAAGAAAGGCAGCCAUUCAGAGGGAGCAAGCAAAAUGGUGUAAAAUGACAUUUCAGUCCAAUGCCUAUACUUGACUAACGGCUGUUUGUGGAGCAUAUUAAUUCCAAAACGAUGAGAAUGAAUAUAUUUUUUGAUACUGGAAUACAUAUUUUUAAUGUAUGAAGUGUAAAUAUGUAAGGAUAUGUCAAUAAAAUCGAGACGAAGAUGCGGUGCCAGAAAUACGAUUAUUUACGAAGUAUAAUCCUUAGGUGGUUUAAUCAAAGUUUAUUAAAGUCUUUAGUUGUGUACAGAACACUAAUCAUUCUUAAGCCGGGCACUGUGUUGCCAUUGUCAUGUAUAUAGCCUUGUGUAUAGUAAAGAACGUAAAAAGGAAAUAAAAGGGGCUUAGUAUCUUGUUAAUUUUCAACAGAGCUUAAUAACACUCGCGUGUCUAAAAGGCCAUACACUCAAUGUGCCUUUUCCGAAUCACGGAAGUGUUUUUAACUCUCUCCAGACUCCAUGUAGUCACAGAAUAAAGACAUACAGAAGUGUAACUUCCAUUACAAAACCGUAAGGCGCUUU